GCGUCAGAUCACAAAGCAAUUGGAAAGUGUAAAAACACAGCCUCGAUCAGCUUCCGGCAAUAUCACGUGCUGGCAAUACUGGUGUUACAAGAUGUACGUUGUACUCCAGCCUUGUGGUAGCUCUUCGAUACAGCCCCCAGCCUUCCGCUACUGCAAACGUUCCAAACUUUGGAUUUACUGAGUCUGACCUCUGCAUUUGCAUGCAAAUUUCUUAGGAACGGAUCUCUUUGAACGCGCAUUAUACCUGAGAUGCCGCAACAACCAACAUUCAAAGUUGUUCUGAGUCCGCUGGUUGACUCCGGACGACGCAAGAAAUUCGUCCACAGAAGUCGAACAGGCUGUCUAACGUGCCGCCAGCGCCGGGUUAAAUGUGACGAACAACAUCCGGCAUGCAAACGUUGCACAACCGCCAAGUUCAAAUGUGAUUAUCAGCCGUCUCCAGAAGGGAGACAGUCCCAACCCGAUCUAAGGAUUGUACCACAACCGUCUGCAAUCAUACUCCCCGAAGGCGCCAAGGCCGUAAGCUACGAAAUCAAUCUAUUUGGGACCUUUCGAGACACUCUUGUGACUGGAAUGGGUGGUCCAUUCAACCAUCGCUUUUGGAGAGUCGACGUGCCCACUGCCGCGCAGAUAUACCCGUCUCUGUGGCACUCAGCCAUUGCCAUUGCUUCUAUCGAUCAUAGUACAAAGGUUGAGAAGAAGCGACGACAACUUGGCCCAGAUGACCCGGCUAAUAACUAUCUGCCUAGCAAUCACCACUAUAUCAUCGCGCUCACCCAUUUCAACAAAUCCAUCAGAAGUCUUGCGCGAAGCCUUGCAGGCAAAUCAUUGGCCCAACUGUCCUACAUAGACAAGGAAAUGGUGUUAAUGACAAACAUCUUAUUUAUAGGAAUAUGCUCUAUGCUUGAGGAAACUGGCCAGCUACAGUCCCACUACAGGAACUUUAAAAAUCUGCUGUCGACGUUGCGCUUUGGGAAGGAAGAGAGCACGAGCCGCAAAGGCAUCAUGUCUUACGAGGACCUGUUGGCCGUUAUUCUGUCUAUAGACGGUAGUCUAGAGGCGUCGUAUCAGACACGAUGGUUACGAUCUUGGGUUGUUGAUGUCCCCUGCUAUCCUACACUGCAAUCUGUUACGCAAGCAUAUACGGAAUUCCUACCGAUUGCAUACAGCGGGUUAAACAAGAAAGAAGAUAUAACAAAUUAUACAUACGACGGACCACUGAGAGGAAUAUACCGACAGAACCAAAUAGCAGCAUACGAAGCCAAGCUUACCAAUUUCCUUGACGAAAAGAAGACCCUGAACUCACAAGAUCUAGUAGCCAUUGAGUCCAUACGCAUACAUCUCGAAGUGAUGAAAAGGAAGGAAGAAAUCUUUAGAAAGCCAAACAGAGCAGCGGCUAUGAAAUAUGAACUGGGCCUGUUCAAGGUUCUGGAUCACAUGGACAGUCUACUAAGCAAAACGACGCGUCUCUAUAGUCCUUAUUCGGAUGAGACGGCACCUAUGACUUUUGCUCCCUCUCUGGGCUCUGCCAUGGAGUUGAUGGCUGCGUUUCCUAACAACGCCCAUCUGAGGCGCAAAGCAAUUGAGUUGAUGCGGAAAUGGCCGUUCAAGGAAAACGGAACAAGAAGUAAGGAGGAAGUGGUAGUAUAUGAAAUCAUACUGCGACACCUCCUAAGCGGACCAGAGCGUACGAAGCACUGGCAGAAAAAAGGUAUACCAAUACAUCCAACAUAUCCGAACGGGGGAUUAAAUGGGGGCGAGUUUAAUGGUCUCUCGGGAUGCGAGUGCAUCUAUGAGCUGUACAUCUGUAGAGACCAUCGACUUGGUUCGUUUACUAAGGACCACCUGGCAGAUCCGCCGCGAAUAGGACUAAUGAACGUCUUCGAGCGCAGAAAUGAGUUGGGCUAUACGUGGGUUCCUCUACAGUAUUAAAUGUUCCCGUUAAAAUAUAAACUUUGUCGUACCGUUUCCAUUUUGCCAGCAAUCUCUGCUUUUCGGGUUGGGGGCCACCGUAGGGGUUGUUCGGUUGUGUGGCCGAUCAACACUAUACUAUAAGAUGGCUAGGGUCAUCUUCAGAACAAGUAUGGCCACUCAUCCUACGCCAAGUAAUGGGGCGACGCGUUGCGGCUACCCAGAAUCCGUG